AUGAAGGUGUAUGGGAAACGGGGGAAAAGAUCGCAUAUAAUUAUUCCCAUUCAAUCGAAAUUUGAAGACGUGGAAUUCAGUGAGGAUGACGACGAUGGGCAUCAACAGAGUAUUGAUCUGAAAACGUCGAGUACAAAUAGCAUUAUUUCGCGAGAUACAACUAGACCAACUUCAAAGGAAUUUUCUACGACUUUACAAACUACAGUGGAAAGUGUUCGACAACAUGUGAUUGCCUACAGGUCAGAUAGCCUAGAGCUGGAAACAAAGGAUGAGAGCAAUGAUGACUUUAAGAAAGAAGAGAGUAAAUUGGAUGCAUUUGAUUUUAUGAGUAAUACAGCCCCCAAAAAGAAGAAACGAAAGACUAACUAUCGAAAAGAAAGAUUGAUAGAAGAGGAUGACGAGGAUAUCGAUACUUCACAACUAAAAGUCGUCAAUGACGUGAACAGAUAUAUCUCUUCCUUAAAAGACGCAGUUGACCCUAACAAUGACGCCAAGAACACAGAUAUCUUAAAGAAAUUAUUUGAAGAGCCUCUACAGGAAUCCAUCAAGGGGACUGAUCUUGACAAGAAAAACCAUCAACGUUUAUAUGGUAGAAAUAGAACGUUUCUCAUCAACAAUGAUGAUGAAGAGAAUUUGGAACUAGAAGUGAGUGAUGCUGACAUUGACCAAAAAAUACCAUUAACAACAAUGCAGCGCUUGGAAGCCACUCACCAUUAUAACGAUUUGAAAAACAUGGGUACCGACCUGAAAUAUGAGAACGAUUUAGAUUUCCUUACGAGAAAGAGAUUAUCUUCCAUCGACUUGGCCUCUGAGUUACUUCAUCUGUGCUUAAAUUUGGAAAAUGAUGAUCAAUUUCGAAUGUUCAUCUUAGAACAUCAUUCAGAGGAUAUAUGGCGUUGGAGUCUUACAUGUUUUAGGACUAUCUUGGAGGAGAACUACAAUCAUGAAUUUCUGUCAGUGUUAUUACUAUUACAAGGAUACAUUCUGUCAACUUUACCACUUGAUACAGACAGCUUACCAGAAGAAAUUGACAUGUUCAUCUCAGCUUUAUAUGAUCAAUCCGAACUUCCUCCAAGAUCUAUAUUUAAGGGUCGGAACUUAUUAUUAAAGAACUAUGAUGACUUCCUUGAAAAGACGUCAUCAAGAACAUCUCUUUAUUACUAUUUUAGCUUGUGGAAACAGUAUUAUCUCGCAAAGGAUCACUUUACUAGUGGCCUUCCCAUGUUUUUCCGAUGUUACGCAAUGGAAUUCGAGAAGAGAGGUUUAGAAGGGGAUGGGGAAAUUGACAUAACUGAGUUCGCUGAACUGCUACUAUCUUUACUGAUGUCUAAAAAAAGGUCAGCCAUUUCAAAGAAGGACUUCUUAGACUUGUUUAAAAUUUUAUCCUUGCAUAUGUGCGAUGAUGAGGCCUUGCUCAAGUGUCUUAUUUUAAUGACUAAUGAUAAUUAUCUCGGGUUGGAGGACGUACCUACUGACACAUUGUACACGAUGUCUCAGAAAACUAUUGAAUUACUGGUACGACAAUUAAAAAAUGAGGGUGACAUAGAAGCAGGUGAUCAGAUACCUCUACUUUUAUGUCUGUAUUUCAACAUUAUUAAAUAUCUAAAAAUUCCUGAUGAACAUAAGGAAGCAUGCGAGAAAUUUUUUAAUGAAUCGAUUUCUCCCUUACUUAAUAAAGAGUUUGUACAUGAGUGGUCUGAUAGCCCAGAAACAUCUCAAAUGUUCUUCAUAAUAGCUGUUCUUUAUAGCGACAUACUUGGAGUGAAAAUCCCGUUAAAACAAAAGGAGAUAAUUCAGGCAGAUUUCAGGUAUUAUCGAAUUCCGGGUCUGAAGUCAGUUGAUGAGCAUAGUCCAUAUAUGAAAUAUCGGAAGGCCCUUUCCUUGCUAGAAUAA